UUUCAAUAGUAAUGGGAAUACCCACGGUGAAGAGGGAAGUUAAAUCUUACCUCAUAGAAACUCUUCAUUCCCUUAUUGAUAAUUUGUAUCCUGAAGAGAAGAUGGACUGUGUUAUAGUAGUCUUCAUAGGAGAGACAGAUAUUGGUUAUGUACACAGUGUUGUAGCCAACCUGGAGAAAGAAUUUUCUAAAGAAAUCAGUUCUGGCUUGGUGGAAAUAAUAUCACCUCCUGAAAGCUAUUAUCCUGACUUGACAAAGUUAAAGGAGACAUUUGGAGACUCUAAGGAAAGAGUAAGAUGGAGAACAAAGCAAAACCUAGAUUAUUGUUUUUUAAUGAUGUAUGCUCAGGAAAAGGGCAUAUAUUACAUUCAGCUUGAAGAUGAUAUUAUUGUCAAGCAGAAUUAUUUUAAUACUAUGAAAAAUUUUGCACUUCAACUUUCUUCUGAGGAAUGGAUGAUUCUAGAGUUUUCCCAGCUGGGCUUCAUUGGUAAAAUGUUUCAAGCACCGGACCUCACUCUGAUCGUAGAAUUCAUAUUUAUGUUUUAUAAGGAGAAACCCAUUGAUUGGCUCUUGGACCAUAUUCUCUGGGUGAAAGUCUGCAACCCUGAAAAAGAUGCAAAACAUUGUGAUAGACAGAAAGCAAAUCUGCGAAUUCGCUUCAGACCUUCUCUUUUCCAACAUGUUGGUCUGCAUUCAUCACUAGCAGGAAAAAUUCAGAAACUCACGGAUAAAGAUUACAUGAAACCAUUACUUCUUAAAAUCCAUGUAAAUCCACCUGCAGAGGUAUCUACUUCCUUGAAGGUCUACCAAGGACAUACACUAGAGAAGACUUAUAUGGGGGAGGAUUUCUUCUGGGCUAUCACCCCAACAGCUGGAGACUACAUCUUGUUUAAAUUUGAUAAGCCAGUCAAUGUAGAAAGGUUGGUGAUUAUCAAAGUAUAUUUGUUUUUAUACAGUGGGUCCCAAAAUGUUGGGUUACAAGUUACCUUUAGUACAACAGUAUUUUACAUACUUUUUAAAAGUGGAGGUUUGGAAAUAAACAAAGAAACCAAAGACAAACAAUUAGAAGAUGGCUAUUUCAGAAUAGGAAAAUUUGAGAAUGGUGUUGCAGAAGGAAUGGUGGAUCCCAGUCUAAAUCCCAUUUCAGCCUUUCGACUUUCAGUUAUACAGAAUUCUGCUGUUUGGGCCAUUCUUAAUGAGAUUCAUAUUAAAAAAGUCACCAACUGAUCCUCUGCUAAGAAACCAACACAUUUUUUUCCUGUGAAUUUGUUAAUUAAAGAAAGUUAAGCGUGUACUUCUUUUUUUCCAACUUGAACACUACCUCUUGUGAAAUCUACUGUAGAUGAUUGUCAUUUCCACUUGGAAAGUGAAUCUCCCAUGGAUAAUCGUACUCAUUUGAAACUAAGCUGUCCUCUGAUUUUAAAUUGACUCAAACAUUUUACAAUUACGACAGCCUGUUAAUAUGACUUGUACUAUUUUGGUAUUAUACUAAUACAUAAGAGUUGUACAUAUUGUUACAUUCCUUAAAUUUGAGAAAAAAUAAUGUUAAAUACAUUUUAUGAAGGGGGUACUUUUGAAGUUCACUUAUUUUACUAUUAUAGGCCCUCUUUUAUAGAUUAUCAGGGAUUAUAUAUAUAAAUAUAUAAAUAUACACAAAAUGUUAUGGAGUUAAUUUAUUAGAAACAUUUAAGAAGUACAUAUUUUUGUGCCGUAAAUUUUUGAAUCGAUACUUUUUUUGAAAACCAGUUUACCUUGCUUUUUUAAGUUCUUUCUAUAUUUUUCUUUGGAAAUGCAAACAUUACACAUCAAUGCCAUUUUUCAAAUGUACUGCCAUUUAAGAUUGAUUAUAGAUGGAUUUCUUAACUGAAGUACUUUUAUAAUCAUAGAAAUUCUGAACAAAAUACUUUCAAAGGCAUUUGUCAUUCCUUAAAGCCAAGAUUUUAAAGACCAACAUCCUUCUUGAGGGUUAGUUUACUAUACUGUGUAUGGUGUAUAGCAACAGAUCAGUCUGAUAAAUUUCAGUGAGCAGGUGGGAUACGUUCAACCCGAAUUAUCAUAGACUGAACUCUUUACAUUUCCUGAGAUGUAAAAUGGCAAACUCUUCUUUCCUUUUUAAUCUUUGUCUGUAACCUGAGUUAGAUGCAUUGUAUGUUUCCUUGUUCAUACUUUUAUAUGUACUCAUUUUAUGAGUUCUGAAAUUUUUUUUCUAGGUAAUUCUAUUGUGUGAGUUAUGAUUGAUAUAAUUUUAAAGAAACAAUUGCAAUACUGGUUUUUGGUGAAAGGUAUGGUAGCAAUCGUAUGUUUUUCUAAAAUGAGUUAUUCUAUUGCAUUAUAAACUUACAAGUAAA